GGUUUUUGUCAAAUGGACAAACUGCACAUAAAAGCGCCAUUACAUUUGCUGAAGUCUCUGCCUAUUCCGACGGGUCCAGGAUGCGUCUUCCCGAUCAGUAUUCUGAAUUUCCUGAAUUUUCUGGAUCUGUGGCCUGGAUGUUUGUUCUGGAUGCUUUCUGGGUGGUGUGGUCGAUCCCAGCCUGAGGAGGAGUGUGACAAGGAGUCGUUCUCAGAGAGUGCAACGUGGAAUGUUGAAGCCAAUUCGAGGAAUGAAUUUAUGCUAGGCCUUCCAUGUGUUACCAUGGAUUCGUCAGCUGGGCAAGCCGAGCAGCAGGAGUUAAUGGCGCCAAAUACGAAUAUUGCGUCAACCUGCGACGAGUGUUCAACAUUGCGGUGGCAGUUGAUCAAAUGCAAAAACGGGCUGCGUUUCUUUGAGCUCAUGAAUGAAGUUGAAGACCAGGAUCGCAUUCCUGUCCAAAGAUCUAUUGGUGCAGUGGAGGGAUCAUCGCAUGCUAUUUUUGAGCUUGUGAUGAACCUGGGAUCCAUACGCAGAGAGUAAGCACACUUUUUCUCUCAAAAGUUAAACUUCAAACCUUAUUACUUCCUCCCAGUCAAGAAGAGAUCAUGUAACAAAAAUCCCCCUGCUUC